UUGAGAGCCAUCACUCAUAAUUGAAUUCUAUUUCCAUUUGCAUAUGUGGCCGAUAUUCAUCCCCUCCUCAAUCAUCAACCGACUUUAUUAUUACUAGUAUUAUUAUUAUUAUUGAGAUCAUCAGAUCGACUGCUAUGCUUCAAACUUCUGAUCUUUCUUCUUCCCAUCCUCUCCUCCCAUUCGCCAGUAGUUCUGUCUGCAACAAGACCUUGACAUGCUGAGUACUACUGAUCAAUAUUAUCACAGAGAAUUAGGAAGCUCCUCUGGGCAAGAUCAGGAAGAAGAGGAGCAAGUCAGGGACAUCCAUGCACUGACGCCGCCACAUCCGCCGCCGGCCGGCCGCCAUCGCCGGAGAGAAGCUUGGGAAACAAGCAGCCACAGAUCAUCCUCCCUGUCCAUGGCCAGCGAAGGAGGGUCCAACGAGAACUUCCCCUCCAUGAGCAGGGAGUUCAGCGCCUUGGUCCUUGCAGGGUCGUCCAUGGGGAAUCCGAAUGGGACUCAAGACAGCGACAAUGGCGGAAACAACCUGGCUAGGAUCGGGGAAGAAGCUGAAAUGCUGGAGGAGACUAACCCUUUGGCCAUAGUUCCCGACAACAACCCUUUGCCUUCGCCCAGGAGGGGCGGCGGCGGCGGAGGCGGAGGCGGCGGGGGCAACCACAGCGAGGUAUCGGUGCAUAGGGUGAAGAGGGAGGAGGUGGAGACGAAGAUAUCGGCGUGGCAGACGGCGAAGAUCGCCAAGAUUAACAAUAGGUUUAAGCGGGACGAGGCUGUGAUUAACGGUUGGGAGAGCGAGGAAGUUCAGAAAGCUAGUUCAUGGAUGAAGAAAGUUGAGAGGAAGCUGGAGGAGAAAAGGGCAAGAGCCUUGGAGAAGAUGCAGAAUGAGGUAGCAAGGGCACGCAGAAAAGCAGAGGAAAGAAGGGCAUCAGCAGAGGCCAAGAGGGGCACAAAGGUGGCUAGGGUCCUUGAAGUGGCCAACUUGAUGAAAGCUGUGGGCAGGGCCCCUGCCAAGAGAUCCUUCUUCUGAGUCCCCAACCCUACAUUUUUCUACAAAGUUUGCAUAUUAUGGACAAUACAAUUAAACCACAUUAGUACUCUCAGUUAAGGGUCCCUCCAUCUUUUCAACUAUAGGGUACUCUACAUCAAAGGGCACAUUCAGUAGUUGUGCCACCACAAAAAAGAAAAAAAAAAAAAGAACGCACAAAUAUGAUCAAGAUUUAGUGAUCUUAAGAGUGGUUUUAAGGUUUCAGCUUCUCUCUGAUUGUGGAAUGUUGUGAUUGUGAGGGUGAUGAUGUUUGAACCAAAUUUUCUAGUCCUCUGUACAGCUUUACUUCUCUGUAUAUUACAUAUACUACCUUAAGCUUUAA